GUAGUAUAAGGCAGUGGGAGGGGAAUGGUGGAGGCUUGCUUCACAUGGCUGUUCCAGCUGCUAUCUCCAGCUACAAGACUGAAAGUCUGGCCAGGAAAACAGACUUGCACACACUCACUCCUAUUUUCUUUAAUGUGCUCUGUUCAGUUUUUCCUACUCCUAAAACAAGCUAUGUCCCACAGCGGUCUGAUAAGAGAGAGGAGGGGCUGUGUACCUGUGUGAAGGGCACUGUGUCAUGUUCGUUUUUUUGGAGUGUGUGUGGCAUUAGUCAUUUAAGUUAUGACAUUUGGUUUUGUAUGUGUCAUGUAUGUGGGCGCAUUAUAUGUAGUGUACAGCGCUAGAGCUAUUAGCAUCAAAGCAAAUAGCUGUCAAACACUGUUGCAUUAGCAACAGAUUUAGUGUCAUUUUAUGUCUAUUAAUGACAACUUGUGAACUGAAGGUGGGCCUACAAAUACAAAAAAGCCUUGUCACCUGCCAUUACAGUGUUUUCUAGGGCAUUGUACCAUAGUAAAAGUGUUACUAUACUCAUUUAUAGGUAUGUACUAUGGAAAUAAAAUGAUUCUUUGACAUGCACCACAGUAAUACUCUGUUUAUCUUUAAAUUGGCUUGAAAUACCAUGGUAUACUAAUGUAAUUAUUCAGUGACAUGGUAUAUAAGAAAAUUUCAUGGUGUUGCCAGCUGAUAACAUCACGCAAACUACCAACUGUAUGUGGUACCACCACAGUACUUCUUUAAGGGUCAACUCAGUACAGGCUCAUUCAACCAGUUUCAAUAGCGAUAAAUGAGCCCUGAAAAUACAUAAACUACCCACUUUCCGUUUACUUCUUACUUUCACACAUAUUAAAAUUAUGGCCUAUAUUUUACAUAAAUAGGAGAUCAUAAAUUAAACCGCAGACGUCAACUACACAAUGAAGUGCUGCCAUUGAUGUGUUCUCGCCAUACACAAACAGUGAACACUCUCCGUACACAGUUAGACGUUUUGUUUUUCUCCAUAAUUGGGCUGUAGAAUAAACACGGAGGUUAGGUUGUGGAGCAGGGAUGUCAGAUAGUUUACGGAGACUUCAUUCAUGUACGGUCAAGUCUGAUUCAGCCAACAGCUAAUAAGUACGACGAACAUCGCGUCAAAUUGUCAGAGACGUCCAGAGCGGCUCGGUUAAUGAUACACAGUCUUUGAUUUGUGCGAGCUGCUAAAUAGCAGUAACAUUAGUUCAGCUGUUUUAAUGGCCUUGUUAGCGUGUCAAUGAAAGAUCAGUAUAUCAAAUGAUUUAUCACCUGCCAUCUUAGUUAUGAAGAGCAAGCACCAGCGAAAAUGGGGGAAAAACAGUAAAUUUAGUUUAAAAGUGUUCUUGGAUCAAUGUGAAUCAUAAUGCAUAUAGUGGGGGUGCAUCCUUUCUCAGCCAGUGAAGAUUUAGGUGGACAGCUGUUUGAAAUGGGAGAAUGCGUUCAUGAACCUGGAAAUUAGCUUGUGCUCUUUGGAUAAUCUACACCUUCGGGAGGACUGGGAAUCUAAAAACACACUCCUAUCCUUCUCUCACUCCCUCCAUUCUGUCCAUCUCUCGCUCUCCCUCUGAUUCUUCAUUUCAUACACACACACAAAUGGACACAAACACAUUCAGACUUUCUUUGUAUCUCUCUUUCCAUUCGCUCUCCCCCCUCGCCCAUUACCAUGACCCUUGUUCUUCCCACUUACUUUCUCUCCAUUCUCUCUCUGUCUCUCUCCCUCCCUCCUGCUGGUUUUAUCAGUGGUCCUGCUCAGUGUCCUACUGUCAUGUCUUGAUGUGAUUUAUGUCAUGGGCUGUGAAGUUUACUUAUCUCCUCCCCUACACACACACACACACACACUCACACACACACUGAGGAGCUGGCUCCCACUUUCUAGGGCUCAGCCAUCCUGGCUCCUCUGCCGCCCAGCACCCAGACCCGGCCAGAGUGAGCAGGGUGUGUUGCGUGUGUGAGAAUGCUGGUAUCAGUGAAGAGUAUGAGGGUCUGAAAUGAAAUGCAGGGUGUUUAGUGGACAGUCAAAGAUAGUGAUGUCCCUCAUGAAGCAAUAGAUUUUCUCCCUGAUCCCAUCCUAUCCAGUUGUGUUCUUUCCUAUACUGGUCUAUCCUAUAAUAUCCUGGCCUAGCCUAUCCUGUCCUGUCCUUUCCCAUCCUAUCCCAUCCCAUCCCAUCCCAUCCUAUCCUGGCCUAUCCUUUCCUUCCCUAUCCCAUCCUUUACCAAUCCUGUCUCGCCCUGAUUUAUCUCAUCCUAUCCCAUCUUACCCUGUCCUGACUUAUCUUAUCCUGGUCUACCCUAACUUGGUCUAUCCUGCCCAGGCCUAUCCCAGUGUUCUUAUCCUGUCCUGUCCUGUCCUGCUCCAAUUCAUUUUCAUAAUAUCCUACCUUGCCCUGAUUUAUCCUAAUCUGUCCUACAAUUUUUUAUUCUCGCUGUCCUAUCCUGGUCUAUCCUAUCUCGUCCUGUCUUAUCCUAUCCUGUUCUAUCCUACCCUACUCGUUCCUGCUCUGACUUAUCCUGUCCUGUUCCAAUUCAUUUUCAUAAUAUCCUACCUUGCCCUGAUUUAUCCUAAGCUGUAAUACAAUUUCUUAUUCUCCCUGUCCUAUCCUGGUCUAUCCUUAUCUUGACUUGACUUAUCCUAUCCCUGUUGCUGUCCUGGGCUAUCCUAUCCUGUCCUACCCUUGCUUGUUCUGACUUAAGCUGUCCAAUGCCAUGCAAAGAACGCUGUAUUCCUUUCUUUAUUCCAAUCUUUGAGUCUGAAUCUUUGCUUCUUGACUUACUAGAAACUGUGACCAAAAUCAUCUAGCACCAAAUAUGUCAUUUCCUCCAGCCAGUGACUCAUACAGUAAUUCACAGUGAAUCCAGCUCCAUUUAUAUGUCAUUGUUCUGUCUAUAAUUUUGAAAUACUUUCAUCCCAGUGUCUGUUAUGUAUGCAUGUGAUAUUUGUGAGGUGCAUAUGUGAUUUGUGUAUGUGUGCGUGUGUGCAUUGGAGAGGUCAUCCACAUCUCUCUUCUACACGGCUCUUAGCGCGGACCCUUUGAUGUGCUUUUAGAAUGGCCAUACAGCUCUCUGCUUUACCUCUCGCUUGACAAUUGUUUAUUAGUUUUGAAACGGCUUUAGUGGACAUCAGGCUCUCUGAGAUGGCGCGUUUGUGGAGAGGACAACUCACAACUCAGCCGACCCCUCCUCCCCAAGAGCAGGACACAGGACAGAGUCAAAGAGUUACUGAGAGUUCAGUUCAUCCGUCUUCUCUCAAAUAAAGAGAGACUCCCUGCAAAUACGUCUAAUCUUCCUUACCUCUCUUUCAUAACCAUCACUUUUCCUUCUUUCCGUGGGACAUGAUACGCUCGCUCCGUCAGCUCAAGUCUUAUCGCUGUGUAUAAAGGGGUUCUGUGUUCUGUCAUAGAGGCAGGAGGCCAUAAACACAUAUGAGCAUCUCCCUCACUGUCAAGGCUUCCUGAGCUGUGAUUGGCUGAGGGCUGCACGGUCACCACAGCUGAUUGGCCAGGCUGAGGAUGAAUGGCCACGCUGACAACCAAUGGGGCCAGAUGAGGGUGAGCCGGAACUUCCUGUGUUGGUUCCGCGAAAGGAGACCCACCAGCUUCCCCCCAGCGGAAUGAGUGCGUGCUUGUGCACGUGGGUGCCAGUCUUACAUGUUGUUUAGUGGGAUUUCAGCAGGACCGGUUUAUCCAGGGGAGAACUGGUGUUUGUGUGCUGCGGUAAGGAACUGCUCAAACCUGUUCUCCUCGUCAGUGGAGAGAAGAAGGAGGGGUUGCUUGGAGAGCAGGAGGAGGAGGAGGAGAGGAGCACAGGGCAUGAUACUGGCGUGACGAGGAGGCCGAUAGCAUCGCGUGAUUGGCAGGUGACGUGAUUGACGUCCACAAGGUGUCACGGGGAAGACAAGUGAAGAGGCAGGUGUGCAGGAACACCAGCAUGGCUGUGGAAAGCUUUCCUGAACUCCUGCAGAAACUGCGGGAAGUGCAUGAACAUGAGUUAGAGGGGUGGCAAGACAAAGUACUGGAGCUGACAAAUAAAAAGAACAUUGAUGCAAAGCGCAUAGAAGAACUUUACAACAGGAACCAGCAGAUGAAAGAACAGCAGCGGAUUCUUACUGAGAACAUCAAACAGCUGGAGAACAGGUUGCGGGCCGGGUUGUGUGACAGGUGUACAGUCACUCAGGAUGUGGCUAAAAAAAGACAACAGGAGUAUGAAAACUCCCAGCUCCAGAGUCUGCAGCACAUCUCUCUACUGGUGAGUGAGAUGAAUUCACUAAAGAAAGAAAACGACAGACUGAGAGAGGAGCUGAAGGGCUUGAGGGAUCCAUCAAACCGGCAGAAUGGUCAUUUAGAGGACGCUAUCACCCCAGAGGUCAAGGUAUCACCUGACACAGCAGUGGCUGCUGUGACUUUACUGGCCUCAGGGCUGAAGUCCAGCCAGCCUCCACCAGGGGACGCCACUGUACCUGCAGCCACUGUCAAACGUGAGGUGCUCAACAGCCCACCUGACAGCCUGGAAAAAGCUUCUGAGCACAAACUUAUGCAAAGCUGGGGCAGGGUGUUUUCAUUUGAGUCGAAUAAGCCCUUGUUGCCCACCUCAAGAUGGGGCACAGACCACAGUGCUGAAAGAAGAUCUUCCAGCGUUGACUCGGUUGAGCACAGACAUUCCCCUUUGUCUCCUCUUCCAUCUCCUCUUAGUCUACUGAAGAACAAUCCUAUUUUUUCUUCUGUUGCCUCUGAGGAACGUAGCAGCCGGCAACAAAUCCAUGCCCCCGUCCCCUUCCGGCCACUUCCGAUCAAGACCGGUCGCUUGUCUAUUCCGUGGUCGCUCUCAGAAUCUACUGACUGGGUAACGGUAGCAGCAGGCAGCUCUGGUGUUGGUAGCAGGAUAGCAGUUCACCCAAGCCAGACCCCAAUUCCCAGCACAAACAUACUGCGUUUCCCUAAACUGGUCCCACCAAGCAGCGGCCACCAGUCUCGCACGCAUGGCCCAACACCUAACGGUCUGCGGCCCUGGUCCCGCAGAAACCUGUCAGAGCAUGCAGAAAGUAGAGAAAAAAGAGUGGCAGAAGCCGCUACAGCGCCGCCCCAGUGGAAGGUCUCAGCAGCACAGCCAGAGAGGAUUUUUGGACAGAAUCUGAGAGUGGAUGAAGAGGAAGCACCGUUAGACCUGUCUGAGUCAGGACGUUCAAAAAGCAGAGAGAAAGAGAAGACACACUCACAGAGCGACUCAUCUUCGUCUUCACCACCACCUGAUACACUUUCAUCGUCAUCUCAGUGUCCAUCAAGCCCUCAAAGUGACCAGCAGACAGCAGACAAUACCACACAGCAGGAGGAAGCACAGGAAACAUGUAAGGAACAGGAAGAGGUAAAGGAAGGUGAAACAUCUCCAGCAGCUGAAACGUCUGUCAGCUCAGAGAAGAAGAAAAUCCCACCACUAACCAUCUCCCUGCAACCAGUUGUGGUUAUGGAGACACUUAAAUCAGGAGUAGGCCUACAGUUGUCUGAUCAUGGAAGCAGACCAAUGGAGCAAGAGGAGAAAGAGAACAAUAACCUGGAAACAAGCAGAAAAAGACUUGGUCAGGAUACUGAUGGUUUUUCCCAGCGCUCACUAAAGGAGAAGAAAAUUCGGCUGAGCAGGGGACCUCAAGGAAACCAUGCAGACUCAGAGCAAGGAUGAAGGCUAUGGAUUCAGCUAUGAUCUAGCUGCCGUGGUUAUGCAGACAGCCAUCUUUGCUUUCACCCUUCGCCGCCAGUUUCCAAGUUCGAAUCUCUGGUGUUCACUUUAGCUUUCCAUAAAAAAAAAUAUACAUACUGCAAUCCAAACUGGAAUUAAAUAAGAUCUAUUAGUAGCAUGUGCAGCUAUAUCGUUCAUACUGUACAUGGGUAAAUUUGUGCUGGAUGAAUUUGUUACUUCAUUGAGUCAAUUUCCCAGCAAUCUUUAGCUGUACCAAAACAGGAAGCCAGCUGUUUUUACUGACAAGGGGGCCGUUAAUAAACUUAUCAGCUAGAUAUGUUUUUAAUUCCUCGGUUUUACUUUCUUCUUCCUCUUUUGAAACACAUCACAAGUUAUCAAUAAGCACAUAUAACAUGAGUGUAUAUAAUUGCUUGCUGUCUUGUGUUGCGAACAUUGUCAUGUCAGCUCUCAGUUUAUGUUCAUUCUCUCUUCCGUGUAAAAGGUGUCGCAUCUCAUCUAUUUUUGUCUCUGUCUGAGCACUAAAGCCUGCUUCUUGUAGAUGUGACAAAAUGAAAAACCCUCGGCUUCCCCUUUUGGUUUUUUCUGAGAUGUCAAGCAUAUAUUUUGUAAUAGUGAAUUUUCCACUUGCAGCUGUAAAAGCUGCAAAAGGAGGAAGGGUAAAACUGUGAAGAAAAAAAAAAAUACUUUCUGUACCAUUGCUUCAAACUAGCUGUAAACCUUUCCUUUGCACUAUUUUUAGAUAGUUUUAAGAAAUAAUUUGGAGAUUAUUUCGCUAACUAACGCCUAUCGAAUAAAAUUCAAGUACAUCGCAUAAACUGAUGGCUGUGGUCAUACUUUGUGAACUAUCACCUGUAAUUGGUUUAGGAUGUGGGAAACACCUGCAUUGUAUAAAUCAUUUUUGAGUCAUUGGAACAAUUCAGAAUUUUCACUUGAAUAUGCCGAUCACCACAAAACUUAACUUGUUUACUUUUGUAUACUGAAUAAAGGUGAAUGAGUUUAAAGUACAAAGGUAGAAAUCCUAAUAAAAACCCUCGCAUCAACGUAUCACA